AUGCACACAGCCCCCCGAGCCUGGCACCUGUAUGGGGGGGGCCAGGGGUACACAGGGACUGCCUCCCUGUAUGGGGGGGGCAGGGGUACACAGGGACUGCCUCCCUGUAUGGGGGGGGCACAGGAACUGUCUCUGUACCAGGUGGGGGGGGCAGUGGGGGCAGGCAGGAACUCUCUCUCUGUACAGGGUGAGGUGUGCAGGGGUGCACAGGCACUGUCUCUCUGUACCGCGGUGGGGGGGCACACAGGGACUCUCUCUGUGCCAGGUGGAGGGGGGCACACAGGGACUGUGUUUCUGUGCCAGGUGGAGGGGGGCUCACAGGGACUGUCUCUCUGUACCAGGUGGAGGGGGGCAGACAGGGACUGUCGCUCUGUGCCGGGUGGAGGGGGGCUCACAGGGACUGUCUCUCUGUACCAGGUGGAGGGGGGCGCACAGGGACUGUCUCUCUGUACCAGGUGGAGGGGGGCAGACAGGAAAUGUCUCUCUGUACCAGGUGGAGGGGGGCAGACAGGCACUGUGUUUCUGUGCCGGGUGGAGGGGGGCACACAGGAAAUGUCUCUCUGUGCCAGGUGGAGGGGGGCUCACAGGGACUGUCUCUCUGUGCCAGGUGGAGGGGGGCAGACAGGCACUGUGUUUCUGUGCCAGGUGGAGGGGGGCACACAGGGACUGUCUCUCUGUACCAGGUGGAAGGGGGCACACAGGAAAUGUCUCUCUGUACCAGGUGGAGGGGGGCUCACAAGCACUGUGUUUCUGUACCAGGUGGAGGGGGGCACACAGGAAAUGUCUCUCUGUACCAGGUGGAGGGGGGCAGACAGGCACUGUGUUUCUGUGCCAGGUGGAGGGGGGCAGACAGGAAAUGUCUCUCUGUACCAGGUGGAGGGGGGCAGACAGGCACUGUGUUUCUGUACCAGGGUGCACCAUGCCAGCCCCAGUGUGGUUUUGCUCCUGUGA